AUGUCCCCUGCACCAGCAUCUAUUCUGCGGGACACCCCUCCGGACGGGGGCUGGGGCUGGGCCGUGGUGUUUGGGGCCUUCAUCUCUAUCGGCUUCUCGUAUGCCUUCCCCAAAGCCCUCACUGUCUUCUUCAAAGACAUCCAGCUGAUCUUCGGUGCCUCCUACAGCCAGAUUGCAUGGAUUUCUUCCAUCAUGCUGGCAGCAAUGUAUGCCGGUGGACCUAUCAGCAGUAUUCUGGUCAAUCGCUAUGGAAGCCGGCCUGUGGUCAUAGCUGGCGGAGUGAUGUGUGGCAUUGGUAUGGUAACUGCUUCUUUUGGCAAUACCAUUACGCAUUUGUACAUAUGCGUAGGAGUCGUUGGAGGAUUUGGUCUUUCUUUUAACCUCCAGCCAUCCGUCACCAUCAUUGGAAAGUACUUCCAGGUCAAGAGGCCGUUAGCUAAUGGGCUGGCCAUGGCAGGAAGUCCAGUCUUCCUCUGUACCUUAGCACCUAUCAACCAGUUCCUGUUUAACCAAUUUGGCUGGAGGGGCAGUUUCUUCAUCCUGGGAGCUCUGCUGCUCAACUGCUGUGUUGCCGGCUCUCUCAUGAGGCCCAUUUGUCCAAAGCCAACUGGAGGCCAACUCACGCAGACAAACGGAACCCCAAAGAAACCUCCCACUGACCGGUCUGAGGCCCAGGUGAAUGGACACAACACACAGCUGGAGAAAGGCUGUUUGGAAAACUUCAACAAGUUUCUGGACCUCUCGCUCUUCAAACACAGGGGUUUUCUGAUCUACAUCGUAGGGAACGCGGUGAUGUUCUUUGGUUUCUUCGCCCCUGUAGUGUUCCUGGCCCCUUACGCCCUGAGCCAUGGCUUCGACGAGUAUUCUUCUGCCUUCCUCUUGUCCAUCAUGGGCUUCGUAGACAUGUUUGCCAGGCCGUUGACAGGGCUGAUGGCUAACACUAAGUGGAUCAGGCCCAGGAUACAGUACUUCUUCAGCUUUGCCAUCAUCUAUAAUGGUUUAUGCCACCUUCUGUGUCCCUUGGCCAGUGGAUAUGGGGGGCUGGCGGCCUACUCAGUGUUCUUUGGCAUAGCAUUUGGAAUGGUGUGUGCCCUGCUGUUUGAGACGCUUAUGGACCUGGUGGGGCCUCAGCGGUUCUCCAGUGCAGUGGGACUGGCCACCAUCAUAGAGUGCUGCCCCGUACUCCUGGGACCACCUAUUGGAGGAGCCUUGGUGGACACCUUUGGCGACUACAAGUACCUGUACCUCAUGUGUGGAGCGGUGAUGGUGUUCGCAGGACUCUUCCUCUUUGUUAUGAAUAUCUACAACUACAGGAUGCUGGAGCGGGAGAGGAGGCAGGAGGAGGGACAGGUAGAGGAGGGCUGUGAGAGCCAGGAGCAGGACCAGGAGCAGGGCCUGGGACUGAGGGAGAGGGGAGAGCCCUCCUCAGAGGAGCAAGGAGAGGCAGGGAAGGAGGCUAAGAAGCAACAGAUCCCCUAGGGAAACGAAUCAGAAGCGGAAGAGACUAAAUUAAGCCAUGCAUGAUACCACUGUUUACAAGUACACUCUCAUAUAUUGAUGCCAGUAUAUCAGUAUAUAGGCCUACCCAAUACUGUAUAUAGUCCACCCG